GGACGCUGUAGGGUGCAGUCCUCUAACCUGCACGUCGCUGCAUCCACCCAGACUGUCCCCCAGGCUGUCCCUCUGCACCGGGCUGAACAUACCGCUGCUGCACAAAAUUCACUCCAUCUGCACAGGAGGACGGGGAGCGCUGCUGGAAUUUAAUAUAUCCUUCUUUUUUUGUUUUGUGGUCCGUAUCGACUCCCCUCCAAGAUGCCCAACUUCUCAGGAAACUGGAAAAUGAAACAUUCCGAGAAUUUCGAGGAGAUGCUGAAAGCUUUGGGCGUCAAUGUUAUGUUAAGGAAAAUUGCGGUGGCUGCGGCCUCGAAACCGGCUGUGGAGAUCAAGCAGGAAGAUGAGUCCUUCUACAUCAAAACUUCCACCACCGUUCGCACCACCGAGAUCCACUUCAAAAUCGGAGAGGAGUUCGAGGAGCAGACAGUAGAUGGUCGUCCAUGUAAGAGUAUGGCCAAAUGGGAAAGUGAGAACAAGAUGGUGUGUGAACAAAAGCUUCUUAAAGGGGAUGGACCCAAGACUUCCUGGUCAAGGGAACUGACCAACGAUGGAGAACUUAUCCUGACCAUGACCGCUGAUGACGUCGUCUGCACACGGAUUUACAUCAGGGAAUAAAGCAACUGAACUGCCCAAGGAACCCAAGGCGUGACCUACUCCGGCCAAUAGUCUGAACCAUAUAUAACACUUAUUUUGAAACAGAGAGUAUCCCGUUUACAGCAACAUAAAGUUAAGCCAACGCUUCUCCUGUAAUGUCUACCAUCUUUCAUCUUUACUCUUUGGAAGGCGGUAGAAAGGCUUUUAACUCCAUCCAUGGAGUGGACGCCAGGGAGCAGCGUUAACGGGACUGAAUUAACAAUGGGGCAAUGAUUGACUUGUCAGUGUGCGAUAAAGCAAAAGGUUAAUCUAUAGAUUAGAUGGACCAUUCCAAAUCUAUCUUAGAAACCUCUGUCGGCCAUUUUGAAUGUGUGGCAAACUAAAUCUGCCUACUUUUUGAAGAUGAGCUACCAACUAAAAAAUGUAUCCAGGAAGGCUCUUUGUAAUAAGAAUUUGGUAUGAGGCAAAGAUGUAAAUACGUAGUGAGUGAUAGUACUAAACAAGACCCGAAUGUGUAUUUCUGUAUUUCAGACUAUAAGACUCACUGCAUAAUAAGACAUAUGCAAGAUGUCAAUGAUAAGUGAGUCUUAUAGUCAGAAGAAAAAUUGAUACUAGGCUUUGAAGGCAAACAUGACCCUGGUUGUGUGAAUAUUUCCCUCAGAUUGAGCCCACCGAGGGCCACUUUAUCCUUUAGUCAUAGAUUG